AUGGCCGCGAGCAAGGUGACACCAGGUUCCAUGACGCAACUGAUCAAAGGCGACCGAAGCAUGCUCAUGAUGUCCUAUGACAAUGUUAUGAUGAAGCAAAUUCAGGGUACCCAUAACCCAGAUGGCCGCAAAAUCGACGUCAAACCCAUUCUCCAUAUCGUCGUGGACAUCCUCAGCCGCGCCACCAUGCCAGUCGAAACCAGCAUUGUCCUGGGCAUGAGAGUCCAAGGACACAUGGAGCAUUUCGAGGAGAAAGGCCAACAAGGUGGUGUCAUUAACAUGCUUGAGGCACUGUCCCUCAUAAUUCGUCAACUUUCCAGCGAGCAAGCAUACAAGUGUCAAAUUGGCAUGGACGGCCAUCAAAUAACAAUCUCUCUGUUCACCGUGCUAUCAAACUAUUCAUGGGAUGCCAAGCUGGUGCUAGCACUAGCAGCUUACGCUUCGAACUACGGAGCAUUCCGGCUCCUAGCUCAGAUGUACACAUCAAACCAACUCGCAAAAUCAAUGGCACUCCUGAAGCGAUUACCGGUCACCGUGGAACACUCUGAGGAGAAAAGGAACCUUGAAGCUUAUGUGUCACUGGUGCGUCUAAUGCAAAUGAUACACUUAGACAGCAUGAAAGUUCUCAGGGCGCUGAUUUAUGCCAAGGAUGAUCUGCUGCCGCUUUUUGAUGGUUCUGCUAAGAGAAGGGUCAAUCUGGAAGUUCUGAGGAGAAAGAAUGUUUUACUGCUGAUAUCAGGCCUCGACAUCUCUAUGGAUGAGCUUUCCAUUCUGGAACAGAUUUAUAACGAUUCUCGUCAUCAAGGAACAAGGUUGGAUAAUCUGUAUGAGAUGGUGUGGAUCCCAGUUGUGGAUCGGUCGGUGCAAUGGACUGACCCGAUGCAAAAGCAGUUUGAGAGAUUGCAAUCCACUAUGCCAUGGUACACGGUGCACCAACCUUCGUUGAUUGAUCGAGUGGUGAUUAGGUUCAUAAGGGAGAAGUGGCACUUCAGGAACAAGGCAAUCCUAGUGGUGCUGGACCCACAAGGUAAGGUUGUGAGGCCCAAUGCCAUCCACAUGAUGUGGAUAUGGGGAAGCAAUGCAUUCCCUUUUACUAGCGCGAGAGAGGAAGCUCUUUGGAGGGAAGAGACUUGGAAGAUUGAGUUGCUCGUGAAUGGUAUCGACCAAACAAUUCUCAAUUGGGUAAACUUCAGGAGCUAUCGAGCUUGGCUCACAAGAUCAACAGCAUACAUGACCAUCUUAAGAAGCAACUCGAACUCUGCUACCAACUCGUAG